AUGCAAAGAGUUGAGAUUCAUGCAAGAGAUUUGCAUAUGGUUGAUCCUUUAACGCCUUCUACCAUCUUAGGCAGGGAAAAAGCAAUUCUUGUUAAUUUAGAGCAUAUUAAAGCCAUAAUCACAGCAGAAGAGGUAUUGCUUCGAGAUCUAACGAACGAUGAUGAUGAUAAUGUUAUUAGUCCCGUGGUUGAUGAACUUAAAAGCCGCCUGGGCAAACAAGAUGAUGAGUCUCCCUUUGAGUUUCGGGCUUUAGAAAUAGCACUGAAAGUUAUUUGUAGUUUUCUUGAUGACCGUGCGGCAGAAUUAGAGACUGCAGCCUAUCCAAGAUUAGAUGAGCUAAGAUCCAAGCCUAGUACUAGCAGCUUGGACUGUGUUCAUAAACUGUGUGGAUACCGAAAUAUGGAUCACCACGUGGGCAUAUGGAAGACGUGA